AUCUUUGGGAGUUUCUGUAACUCAUGAGCUUCGGGUCCAAAUAUUUGGUCCGUUUUAGCGUAUCCUGUUUUAGCGUAUCCUUCUUUAUUUGUCUAUUUAUUUGUCUAUGUGUACAUUAGUCUGUGCUCUGUUAAAAGCAAGACAACUGAAAUGGGUCGCUACGCUAGAGAACCAGACAACGCUACGAAAUCAUGUAAAGCUCGAGGUUCCAACCUUAGGGUUCAUUUUAAGAACACAUGUGAAACAGCUAAUGCUAUCAGGAAAAUGCCAUUGAAACGAGCAGUGGCCUACCUAAAAAAUGUUAUAGAUCAUAAGGAAUGUGUACCAUUCAGAAGGUUCAAUGGUGGUGUUGGACGUUGUGCUCAAGCUAAACAGUUUGGUACAACACAGGGACGUUGGCCGAAGAAGUCAGCUGAAUUUUUACUUCAGUUGCUCAGGAAUGCCGAAAGUAAUGCUGAUUACAGUGGUCUUGAUGUUGAUAGACUUAUUGUCAAUCACAUUCAAGUAAACAGAGCACCAUAUUUGAGGAGACGUACCUAUCGUGCCCACGGUAGAAUCAACCCUUAUAUGUCAAGUCCAUGCCAUAUUGAACUCUGGUUAACAGAAGAGGAGGAAAAACCAGAAACUCCCAAUAAGCCUGUCAAAAAAGGAACAGUACGAAAGGAAGCUUAGAAAUUUAAAUGAUUUAAAUUGAUGUUGACAAUGAAUUUGAUGGUGUAAUAACUAAAGAAUUAAUUUACUUCAUUAUAUUUAUAUAUAAUAUAUAUGUAAUCUAAAUCCCAAUAACACCAUUUGGUGUUUGGGUCAUUAUAUUUGUAAGAAUAAUAAUAUAUUAUAUCAAAAAAUA